AUGUCCCCCUCAGGCGGAGCCCGACUCGUUCAUAUUCCGAAUUCCUUUACUUGGCCGCAAGCACAUCAAGUCAUGCUGGACGAGCAUGAAAGAUUCCUUUCCAUGAUGGUGGACCGCAUGGUUCCCGAGCGGAGGGAGGCAUUCCUUAAGCUUGCCAACAGCCAUCGCGAAGACGGCUCCGGGCCGUAUAUGGGCAUCAUGCGAACCAACAGCUUUGGCGUGCGGGUCGGCAACUCGGAAAACAUUCUGGAGGACAUGUACGGGGCUGUCUGCGACGACAUUUCGCGUGUUAACCACAGCUGCUCCCCCAAUACUUCCACCAAGUUCGACAAGCAUUCGUUCUCAUUCAGUCUGUUCGCCUGCCGUGACAUUGCAGAGGGCGAAGAGUUGACCGUCGCAUACUGCAUCUUGUCAGAUGGGGAAGGAGCCAGGGCGGAAAAGCUGCUUCCCUACGGGAUUGCCUGCAAAUGUCUUUCCUGUGCCGACACAACAGGCGAAUCCGACGUGCGCCGGGCCACCCUCGAUGACUUUUCCCUUGAUAUCAACGAAUGGGCAUGGAGUCGCACGCUCCUGGACGAUUGGAUGAUGAACAAGUGUCGCGAGCAUCUUGAUCUUCUCCGGGAAGAGGGACUUGAGGCGUCCGACUCUUACCAUGCUGCCUUGGUCGCCAUGAUGGAGUGCUAUAUCGCAUUCGGAGACGCAAAACGGGCGAGCAGGUGGGCGGAAAGGGCGCACAAGUGCCUCUGGGCCUCGGAUUACGAGAGUUUGGAGCAUUUUUUGGACCCAGAAAGCGUUGGAUACCUCACACAUCCGCUUUGGCGCGUCAGGGUUGACACUCGUCUUGAGAUGGUCAUGCGGCGGUUGCUCCUCAUCGGAAAACUUGCCGGAAGAGAGAAACUCGAAGAAGCUAUGGCAUCACCAGAGUUUGCUCUAGCGUUUGCUGCCGCGCGCGCCGAAGGAUCCUAUGAUUUGUAA